ACAGGUAUUUGUUGGAGCUGCUUAUCGUAUUUUCAACCGUAUUACGACGACUUUAGGAAUACAAACGCAAAAGUGUUGGCAAGUUAGUCGUGGCGACAAUUUGUCUCCUAUCCAAAGCUGCGAAGGUAUUGGAAAUCAACAUUAUUUCUACGUAGAUAAUGUAUUUGCUUUGUUUGGUACCGUUGCUGCUAGUUUGUUCUUCCUUGGAGUUCUUGUCAGUGAUUCGAUAUUUGGAGGACUUGUAUCGGUUUGCGGUUUCUUCUUCAAUCAUGGAGAGGCAACUCGAGUGCAGUGGACUCCGCCGUUGCGUGAGUCGUUUGGAUAUCCAGUCUUCAUAUUCCAAAUCUUCAUCGUCACUUGGUUUUCGGCUUUUGCUCUUUCCACUCAAGUGGGAUCACUAUUUGCCGCGUUUAUACUCGACUUUGCACCCGCAUCAACGAUGUUUACGAUCGUGUUCGGAUUAGGGUUUCGACCAGCGUAUUUAUUGGUGAAUGCUCUUCUUUUCUGCUGUGGAACUCUGGGAAUCAAAGUGGCUAUAGGACGUACACUCCAAAUUGAGGAUGACGCUCAUAUAUUUGAUAUUUUGCGGUCUAAGUUUUCAGACUUCGCCAAUUUUCAUACAAGGCUUUAUACGUGCGCUAAGGAAUUUGACUUCUUGGGUUCUGACUAUUUCAGCGUUGUAUGCAAAAGUUUGCUUUUGCCUAGUGCCCUAGUUGCUUUUGCCGUUGUCGUAAUAUAUUUGUGUCGUACGGAAUUAACUUCUAUGUUGUGGAGGACUGGUUCUCGGAAGAAGGGGUAUGCUGAGCUCGUAUACAAUACCGUUCAGUGCAUCUGCUUCGGUGUGAUUGCUGGACUCAUUAUGCGGCUGAAACUGUUUCUGACACCUCAUCUAUGUAUAAUGGCUAGUAUUCUUGCGAAUACGAGGUUUAUUAACCAGUCCUUUGGGAUCGGGCUGAAUAAAUGGCAUCAUAGAGCGUUAGUUGUUGGACUAAUUGCAUGUAUGGCAUAUCACGGAGUGGAGAAUUUGAAUAAACAAUGGGGCAUACAUGGAGAGUACAGUAAUCCAGAUCAAGAAAUGCUUUUCAAUUGGAUUCAGGAUGAGACUUCGCCAAAUGCUGUAUUUGCGGGUACUAUGCCAGUGAUGGCCAACGUUAAGCUAUCGACAAAUCGCCCAAUCGUUAAUCACCCACAUUACGAGGACGUAAAUCUGAGAGCAAGAACUCUAAAAGUAUACUCAAUGUUUAGCAAAAAACCGCUCAGUGAGGUAUAUAAAACGUUGAAAGACAUGGGAGUUAAUUAUUUUAUAUAUCAGGCUGGUUGGUGUAUGGCACAUCCACAGAGACCUGAAUGCAGCUAUCGGUCGAUGUGGGAUUUGGAAGACCCAAAAAAUCGAAAUCGUGAAUCACUUUGUGACGUGAUUUCGGAUGCUCUGUCAGGUAAGCGUCCAGAUGCGUUAAGCCCUAUGAAAGUUGUGUACAAUCAGUACAACUAUGUGGUUUUUCAGCUUUAAAU